AACUGAACAUUUUACAGAAUUGUAAAACUUUCUGAAAAUGGAAUAGCGUUAACUUAUGGGGACCGAAAUGGUCAGCCACUUUUUUCAACAACCGCCAUUGAACCCGACUGCGACGACUUUCUGAACCCGAUAUUCUUUAUAUUUUUAUUACUAAUUAUAAAAGAGAGAAAAUAGAGAGAGGACCAGGUGAACUCAAGAACUGUAUAGCUAGCUAAUAUAGAUAUAUUAUUAUAGGUAGAGAGAGAGAGAGAGAGAAAGAAAGAAAGAAAGAAAGAGGAGCAGAUUCAGAGAGAGAGAGAGCGAAAUGGGUUGUGGGAAUUUGUUCUUCAGCACUUUGAUAACCUUCUCGGUAGCUUUGAUAACAUACAACAUAAUAAUCUCAGCAAAUGCGCCAUUGAGGCAGGACUUCCCAGGUCCAUCGAGAUCUUCGUCGAUUUCGAUGGACCCCGUUAUCAAGAUGCCAGUGGAGAAAUCAAAAGGGAAAUCUGGGUCCAAGAGGCUGUUCCACACGGCGGUGACGGCGUCUGACUCCGUCUACAACACGUGGCAGUGCAGGGUUAUGUACUACUGGUUCAAGAAGUUCAAGGAUGGACCCAAUUCCGAGAUGGGUGGCUUCACCAGGAUCUUGCACUCUGGGAAGCCUGACCAGUACAUGGACGAGAUCCCUACCUUCGUUGCUCAGCCUUUACCAGCUGGAAUGGAUCAGGGCUAUAUAGUUCUCAACAGGCCAUGGGCGUUUGUGCAGUGGCUUCAGAAGGCAGACAUUAAAGAAGAUUACAUACUGAUGUCCGAGCCAGAUCAUGUCAUCGUUAAGCCCAUACCAAACUUAUCUAGAGAUGGGUUCGGAGCUGCAUUUCCCUUCUUUUAUAUUGAACCGAAAAAGUUUGAGUCGGUCCUCAGAAAGUACUUCCCUGAAGAGAAUGGACCAAUAACUAAAAUCGACCCGAUUGGAAAUUCUCCUGUCAUUGUUGGGAAGGAAGCUCUUAAGAAGAUUGCUCCCACUUGGAUGAAUGUUUCUUUGGCAAUGAAGAAGGAUCCUGAAACAGACAAAGCUUUUGGUUGGGUUCUUGAAAUGUAUGCUUAUGCUGUUUCGUCUGCUCUCCACGGCAUUGGCAACAUCUUAUACAAGGAUUUCAUGAUUCAGCCUCCAUGGGAUACCGAAAUCGGCAAAAAGUUCAUAAUUCAUUACACUUAUGGAUGUGACUAUAAUAUGAAGGGCGAAUUAACAUAUGGAAAGAUUGGAGAGUGGAGAUUUGACAAAAGGUCUUUUGAUAAAGUUGCUCCCCCAAGAAACCUACCUCUACCUCCACCUGGUGUUCCAGAAAGUGUGGUGACAUUGGUGAAAAUGGUCAAUGAGGCCACAGCAAACAUUCCAAAUUGGGGAUCAUAGGCGAGAGUGGGUUGAAGCUGUUGGAGGGAGGUACUCACUCUGCUGUAUAGACCCUCUGUUUCUCGUAAAUAUGCCGUAAACCAUGGAUUAAAAGUUCAAACUCCGAGCCGAAUACCCUGGUUGACUUGACAUCCUAUAUAUUUGAGUUUAAAUACACGUGGACACUACUUUGCUCUAACUUUUAUGCCAAUUUAUUGGUUCGGAGUUCGGACUGCAAGAGUUAGGCGGCUUCCCGUUUCU